AUGGGACUUGCAAAGACAGUGACUAUGAUCGCGCAUAUGCAUGAGCGUAUUCGCCGGAUUGAGCUCAUGAAGGAUGCAGGAGAGCAUAUCACCGACAAGAACAAGCCAAUCCUUUUCAUCGUUCCUCCCAGUCUGACCAGACAAGCCACGCGCGCCAUCAAGGUGUUCUCUCUGGACUUGGAACCUUUUGCGUACUAUGGCGAUGGUCGUAUACGAAGUGACAUUCAUGGCAAGCAAAUCAAGACCCUCUUAAAGGCUGACCACCCCUUCUUCGACGGUGGGAUAUAUCGCAAAGUCAUUGUCUCGCCUCAUCCUACUUGGCAAAGCCGAGACGGACCCGCGAAGCUCACAAAAUGGCGCAUGGAAAAUGGCUAA